UCUCUACAUCCUCAGACAAAACCAACUACCACUUGUACCCCUUUGUCUUAAGUACUCUUAGCCCUACAAUUUCCUAAGCUUCCAAGCAAAAAACCUUCGAAGGAUUAACGUUUUCUUCCUCUAUAUAUCUAUCAUCAUCAAGACCCCUCUCACUGCUCAUACCACAAACUAUUCCGUUCUUCCCCUAAGCACAGAGAAAUAUAUAGGAGAUUGUGAUGGGAAGACCACCGUGCUGUGACAAGAUUGGAGUGAAGAAAGGGCCAUGGACACCAGAGGAAGAUAUCAUCUUGGUUUCUUACAUUCAAGAACAUGGUCCUGGAAACUGGAGAUCUGUGCCUACUCACACAGGUUUGAGGAGAUGUAGCAAAAGCUGUAGAUUGAGGUGGACUAAUUAUCUUCGACCUGGGAUUAAGCGUGGAAAUUUCACCCAACACGAAGAGAAGAUGAUUCUCCAUCUUCAAGCCCUUUUGGGCAACAGGUGGGCAGCUAUUGCAUCAUACCUUCCAGAAAGGACAGACAAUGAUAUAAAGAACUAUUGGAACACACAUUUGAAGAAAAAGCUCAAGAAGAUGAAUGAUUCUUGUGAAAGUACUAUCAAUAAUGGAUUUGAUAAUAAAGACUUAUCUUCAUCAGACAAAAAAACUACUUCACAUCAAAGCGGCAGCUCCAACAAAGGUCAAUGGGAAAGAAGGCUUCAGACAGAUAUCAACAUGGCUAAACAAGCUCUUAGUGAUGCCUUGUCUCUUGACAAACCACAAAACCCUACUAGUUUCUCUAUAACCGAUCUUGGUUAUGGACCUUAUGGUCCAUCAUCUUCUUCAUCCUCAACAACCACCACACCCACAAGCAACACUAAUCCACACCCAUCUGGUGUCUAUGCCUCAAGCGCUGAGAACAUCGCUCGGUUGCUUCAAAACUUCAUGAAAGACACACCAAAGACCGAAGUGCCCUCACCGGUUGCAGCUACCGAGAUGGUUAUCACCACGGCGGCUUCUAGCCCUAGCAUAACAGAAGGAGGCGGAGAAGGGUUUGAUCAGUCUUUAUUCAGCUUCAACUCCUUGGAUGAAGCUGAAGACAAGCCUAAGUUAAUAGACCAUGACAUUGAUGGUCUACUUACACAGGGUUCUCUUUCUUUGUUUGAGAAAUGGCUCUUUGACGAGCAAAGCAACGACAUGAUCAUUAAUAACAACAUGUCAUUAGAGAGCCAAGAAGUGUUAUUCUAGAAAGAAAAACUUUGACGAUUUACUUGAGGAAUGAGGAGGCUUAUAGCUAGCUAUAAACAAAAUGUAUAAUUAAGUACUCUUUAGUUUUGUUGUAACUUGUGAUCCUCAAUUAUCUUUCGUAUAUUGCAGUAAUUAGGGAUUUUGGAGUCUUAAGUAACUUUAACA